GACCUUGCACGCGACGUUUAAUUUCAAACAGCAAACUUGAUUCACGUGAGUCUGUAUCAAGGAAACUGGGUAUUAGAACAUUGAGCAAAAAGCGGCUAGAUUUGAUGUGUUGCGUUUCGUUAUGCCAGAAAUUGUCCCGAAUAGAGUUGUUAGCUUUACGAGUGAGGACAAGGCAUUUCCUGCAUCCAAUCUAUUAAAAGGAUCAUCAUUUUCAAAAUGGCGUUGCCUUACCGGUGGAACAAAACAGGAAGCAGUGGAAUUCAGUUUCUCAGAACCUGUUGAAAUUUCACGCAUAGACAUUGGAAAUAAUGGUUCUGCUUUUAUUGAAGUGUUGGUGCGAAGAUCUGCAUCAUCUGAAGAUCCGUCGGUACUGCUUCCAUCUUCAUCUUUUAUGUCUCCAGUGGAUGCAAAAAACGAGACUAAUCUUAAUCGUGUUCGUGUAUUCAGUGGCGAUCAGUUUACAAAAUCAGUUGCUAGUCAAAAAUGGGAUAUUGUUAAAUUUGUCUGCUCUCAACCAUUUAACAAAACACUACAGUAUGGUAUUUCUUUUGUUUUCUUUCAUACUCCAGCUACGUCGAAUCCUCCAGCUGAUAAUAAUAAAGGAAUCAAAGUUGAUAGUCUGAUCACUGAGGACGAUACAGAUUCACUUGAUUUCAAACCGGGAUCACUGUUUCAGGCUUCACGUCAGGCAGUAUCUUGCAGUCAAGAUAGCUCGGAAUCUAAAUCUUCAGUUUCAGAUAAACUUAUUGCUGCUAAACAGUCGACGAAUGUAUCGGCUACUGUAAAUACACCCAAACCAUCAGUUCAUCAAGUGAAUCGACAAAAUACUACUCCUAAAGUCAGUAACACUGUUCAUCACUCCAGCCAAAAACCUUCUUCGUCUUCUCCUGCCCCUUCUUCCUCUGCUUCUUCGUCUAGUCAAACACCAAAAGCAUCUGAAGGACAAAGAACAAUGAAACCAUCUCAGUCUGCAUCGAACAAACCUUUAUCACAUGUUAUCUUCACACUGAGUGGUUAUCAAAAUCCUUUGCGAAGUCAAAUUAGAGAUAAAGCACUCGAGCUUGGCGCCAAGUAUAGACAAGAUUGGACUACGGAUUGUACACACUUAAUUUGUGCAUUUCCAAACACACCGAAAUUUAAUACAGUUAAAGGAAAAGGUAUAAUUGUUUCUGAUAAGUGGAUUACACAAUGUUAUGAAACAAAAACUUGUGCACCAUGGCGUAGUUAUCGUGUUGGUCGAGCUCCUAGUCCACCAAAUGCUAUUUCUGUACACCCUCCUGCUUCUAAUAAUUCUGAUGAUGACAGUCAGUCACCUCCAUCAAGGUCAACACAACGUGUACCAAAUUUAAGAAUGAGAGGUGGCAGACAAAACACAAGUGAUGAUGAAUGGAAUCCAAAUUCUUCGGAUGAAAAUCCCGAUAAUGAUGAUGAUGACGAUGAAGAAUGGGACGAAGCAGAAGAAGAAGAUGAAGAAGACGGAGAGGCGGAAGACGACAAUGAUGAUGACGAGGUGGAUUCUUCUGACGAACUUGGCAGUAGGAGAAGAAGAAAGCGUAAGCGUGCAACUGAGAAAAGUCAGUCAGCGAUAAAAAGACAUCGUUCCACUGGUGGAAAUGAUGCUCCCAGUAAAGCCAAACGACCUGCGAGAACUAAUAGCCCAGAGAACGAGGAUACAGACGAUGAAAUUCAAAGAGUUAUGGCAUCAAGUAUUGACCAAAUACCAGAUAGUCCUGAUGCUGCUGAUAGUGAUGGUGAACAGGAGGAGGUGGAGAAUCAUGAUGUCAACAGAGACGGUGAGACCAACAACAACGAUGACGAUGAAGAGGAUAUCGACCAGUCAGCGGUUGAAAAUCUUCCAGAUAUCUUUAUUAAUAAGCACUUUUUUAUUCACAAUAAAUCAAUACCUAAAGAUGAAGAACGUCUAAUUGAACGUUUAAUUAUUGCAUUUGCUGGCACUUUACAUCAGUAUAUGAAUGAUGAAGUUCAAUAUGUGAUUACACGCUCAGAUUGGGAUUCUGAAUUCGAUGACGCAUUAUCAUCCAAUGGAAAUUUGAUAUUCACUCGACCAGAAUGGAUAUUUGCCUGUGAUCGUACGGGUCAAUUAGAAGCCUAUGCAGUAUAUCAAGUUAAACCGCCAUAACGGAUAUUGAUUGGUUAAGUCUCAUAGUGAUGAAGAUAUUUUGGAGUUAAUUUGUUAAAAAUGACAAGAAAAGCAAGCAAGCAAGCAAAUUGCUGUCAUUAUCAACCCCGUUUGUUAAUAGAGAGAAAAAUAAACACAAUUAUAUACAUAUAUAUAGAUCCAGCUUGUGUACCAUCCUGUUUUUCACUUCGUCUACAUGCUCUUCUUUCUUUCUUUCUUUCUUCCACUACUUACUUACUUACUCACUGUCAUCAGUGUCUUCACCUCGUGUGUGCGUUUUUUUUUCAUUCUCUUCGAUGCUGAUCACUUUUUCAAUUGCCUUUUCGUUGUAGAUUUUCUGCGUCAUUUUAUCCUUAUAUGUACCGGUGUGGUCGACUGUUUUCUAUUCUUAUCAUUUUAUUAUUGUGUUUAUUUUAGGUCAUAUAUUUGUGUAUAAUAAAAAUAUGAUACAUAUAAAUAGAUUGUCUCUGG